AUGGCACACGAAUAUACCCCUGAAGCCCAGGGGGGCGUUGCAAAACAGCCCGCUUUCUCUUCCAGCGAAAUCACUCUGACAACCCCCUACUGCGUGACCAGCACCCCGCGCAAAAUCUUUAUCAUUACCCUGACCAGCCUCGCCAUGAUCACCACUAUGAUCGCCACCAACAUUGUCCUCCCCGUCCUCCCCAUCCUGCAACACAAUUAUGGCGUCAGCACCACACAGAUGAAUCUCCUCGUCACCGUCUUCUCCCUUGUGCAGGGCAUUACCCCGGCUCUGAUGUCCUCCCUCUCAGACCUGCAGGGCCGCCGCUUAGCCUGGAUGCUUACAUUAGCCAUCUACACAGCUGCCAAUAUCGGCCUCGCCCUGCAGAACAGCUACACGGCGCUAAUCAUUCUCCGCUGUUUGCAGAGCCUCGGUAGUAGCUGCGCGAUUCCCUUCGGAUUCGCCGUUGCAGCUGAUAUCUCCUCGCCCGCUGAACGGGGCCGGUAUAUCGGACCCUUGCAGGGGUGUGUGAUGGGUGCGUUUGCGUUCGGCCCGGUGAUCGGCGGUCUUUUAGAGCCAGCGUUCGGGUGGCGGAGUAUCUUUUGGUUCCUCGGGAUAUGUAGUGGGAGUGCGCUGUUUGCUUAUUUCUUGGUUAUUCCGGAGACGGCCCGCAGUAUUGUCGGCGAUGGCUCUGUUGAGCCUGUCGGGUGGUGGAGGCGACCUCUGGUUCAGAAUGUCCAGCGAGGGUUGAGCCGUGAGCGCGACUCUAGGCAUACAUACACGUACGAUAAGGGCCUGUCAUCUACUGGAGGCACUGAGACGCGGCGGAUCAAUACCUCGGAUUUACUACGCGCGUUUACGAUUUUAGGCGAGAAGGAUGCGUUCAUCCUUGUCAUCUUCACCAGCCUGUUCUACGCGGGUGUCACGGCCAUGUGGGCUACGACUGGCAGCCACUUUGCCAGUAUAUACAGGCUAAGUACACUAGAAGUCGGCUUCUCCUUCCUACCCUAUGGUAUCGCUGGCGCCAUCGGCUCCAUCCUCAGCGGCCGUCUCCUCGACUUCAACUACACCCGCAUUCAAACGCAACUACGCCAGAAGGCUACAUACCUCGAAGACCCCUCCAAAAACCCCAAUGGAGAUGAUUAUUUCCCCUACGAACGCGCCCGCCUUCAGAUUGCUUUUCCCUUCGCCAUGCUCGCCUCACUAUCCUUGUUAUCCUACGGCUGGAUAGUUCAAACACACUGCUCUCUCGCCGUCGCCCUCGUCUUCCAGGGUCUAAUCGGCUUCAGCGGGACACCACUCCUCGGAAUUAUCUACACAUUACUGAUAGAUCUAUACCCGACCCAGGCGGUUGCGACCCAGGGUGCGGCAGAUCUGGUCCGGUGCUGGCUCGGGGCGCUGUUUGCGGCGGUAAUUGACUACAUGAUUGAUUCGAUGGGGUGGGGAUGGUCGUUCACUCUGCUCGGGCUGGACAUGGUUGUUGCGAUGCCGAUGCUGGGGGUCUUGUAUUGGUAUGGGCUGAAGUGGAGGGAAAGGAAGCAGGAGCGUGUGAAGGCGGGGAGUCUUUGA